AUGGCCUUGAGAAGUCGUACAUCGCUUUUCUUGCAAUAUAGAAACUCGUUUGCAAGAUCAAGCGCUGGUAUGCCUCUGGUGUCAACACCGGGAUAUAACGCUGAACGUGCAGGCCUGAUAGAGAGUUCAGAUCAUGUCAUAGAGCUUUCGGUAUUACCGCCUAGGUGGGUGGACAUUGUUGAGGAAGUUGACGAGGAAAUUGAAGCCAUAAAAGAAAGAAUUGCAAAACUUCAAACGCUUCAUAAGAAACAUACUCUGCCCGGAUUCGACGAUCGAACAGGAGAGGAAGAAGAGAUAGAACACUUGACGGGAGAAAUCACAAAACUUUUCCAUGAAUGUCAGCGUAAAAUAAGACAAAUAGCCGAUGAGAGUCGAUCAUCAACGGCACAAUCUCAGGAGGCCGUAAUGAGUAAAAAUAUUCAAACAUCGCUCGCUACAAAGUUACAAGAAAUUUCAUCCAGUUUUCGCAAACAGCAAUCAUCCUAUAUGAAAGAGUUGAAAGGCAGAGAAGCACGGAGCCCAGCCUUCUUCUCAACAUCAAGUCGAGACUCAUCGGAAGAGGAUUUAGAACUGGUAUUUACUGCAGCACAACUUGCUGUUACGGAAUCGUCAGACACAAUGAUUUCGCAGCGAGAGCGAGAAAUUAAUGAAAUCGCAAAGUCAAUAUAUGAUCUUGCUGAAAUAUUUAAGGACCUGCAGACACUUGUAAUAGACCAGGGUACGUUACUGGAUCGUAUUGAUUAUAACGUCGAGCAAAUGAACGUUAAUGUUAUAUCGGCAGCGAGAGAGCUUGAUGAGGGAGAAAAGUAUCAGAAGAAGUCACGCAAUC